AAUGAUUGCUCAAACAGUGGACCUUUUUUCGCCAAGCGGCUUGGCAAUUUCCCUGUAGCCCUUUCCAGCCUUGUGGAGGUUUACAAUUUUGUCUCUAGUGUCUUUGGACAGCUCUUUGGUCUUGGCCAUGUUAGUAGUUGGAUUCUUACUGAUUGUAUGGGGUGGACACGUGUCUUUAUGCAGCUAACGACCUCAAACAGGUGCAUCUAAUUUAGAAUAAUAAAGGAGUGGAGGUGCCUGCCUCAGCCUGCCCCUCACAGAGGGCAUCCUGCAGCAGCCGCCCCAUUCCUCCCUGGGCUCUUCUGAGAAGCGAGGAACCGGUCCCCAGCAGCCCGUUGUUUUUAGCAAUGAAAUAGUGAAUUGUGCUUUACGAAUUGUUCAGAAUGGAGUCAGUAGGAGUGAAUGUGAUAGAAGUUGCUGCUUUAGGGAGACCCUUUCAGCUGGGGAUGCUCUACGACUGCAGGAAAGAUGCUCUCGUGCCAGGAAUCACGUUGUGGGGUGAAGAAAAGCUCAAGCAGAGUAUUCGAUCUCAUCCCCAAAUUAAUACAGAUUUCAAAGUUACAGCUUCAGAUUCUAUUGAAGAAAAAUCUAACUUAUUGAACAUUGAAGCCUCUAUGAAAUUGAGUCUGUUGGGUGGAUUGAUCAACGUAACUGGUGCAGCCAAAUAUCUCAAUGAUACCAAGAAGUCUUUCAUUCAGCAGAGACUGACUCUACAUUAUCAUUCAACUACCAGGUUUGAAGAACUGAGCAUGAACCAUUUAGCAUCUGAAAAUAUAGCUCACCAUGAGGUGUUUGAUCACGAUACAGCGACACACGUGGUGACGGCAGUGCUGUACGGAGCUGACGCCUGCUUUGUGUUCGACAGAGAGGUUUCUUCAGAUGAGGACAAAUCUGUGGUACAAAAAGAGGUGAAGGCAGCAUUCGAGAAACUCAGAAUCAUUACAGUAGACGUAAAUGCGAAUCUAAACCUGAAUGAGGUUCAGAAGAAUGCGGUGCAAAAAUUUAGUGUCACUUUCUAUGGUGAUUUUCAGUUGCCGUCUAAUCCAACUUCAUUUGAAGAUGCUUUGAAGGUUUACGCUGAACUUCCAAAACUGCUGGGAGGAAACAGAGAUCUUGUGGUUCCACUGAGAGUGUGGCUGUAUCCUCUGAGCAAACUUAACUCGAGAGCUUUAAAACUUCUGAAGGAAAUCAGCAUUGAUUUAGUCAGUGACAUAGAAUCAGCAUUAGAGAGUUUAAAUACAACUGAGAUGAAAUGCAGUGAUCUUCUGAAAGACUCUUCUGCUUCAGCUUUACCUCCAUUUCAUGAUAAAAUACUGCAGAUGAAGCAGAACUGUAACAAAUACAAGUUGAGUCUCAUGAAGAAACUCGGCUCUCUGUUGCCUCAGAUCCGUGGAGAAAAGAUUGAAGACUCAGCACUGAUAGAUCUACUGAAAGAUCAUCAUGAAUCUCCAUUCAGAGAAAGUGAGCUUGCAGAAUGGAUGAAGAUGAGAGAGAAAGAGUCUGAGAUCAUUAAAACAUUGCUCAGACAACUGAUUGAUUCUGGUGCAAAGGUAGAAGACAACCGAAAGGCAAUCUUGAUGGAUCUAGAUGUGGAAAAUCUGGUUAGCUACACAUUCACAUCAUUGGACUGGUCAGAUGUGCUCCUUCCUAAACAAUUGACUUAUCUAAGAUCUUCCACAAUGAAAAAUAAAAAUGACCUGGACUCCAAGAAGGAAAUGUCAUGGCUCACCCCUGCCAUCCACAAGACUAUGAGGAGCAACUUGGAGAUGUUUAAGAGCUUGAUUUGUUCAAAAGAUCGUAAACCAGCCAAGUUUAUUGUGUCAUCAAAACAAAUGGAGGAUCAUCCAGGUUCCUGCAUUCUCCUGUAUGAAGGUGGAUGUGUUGAAGCUGUUUGCUUCACUCCUCCAUCACAGCCGGCUCGUCCAAUCACAGCAGGGGUUAAAGGUAACAGUGUGGUUAUAAAUGUGAAGCCCUCAACAUGUCCUGCUACAGAGGAACUCAGGUUACUCUACAAAAUAAAGCAAGAGAAGAUCUGGACAUAUCAACCUGUGCUGAAGAAGCAGAAUACUGUAACUCUGACUGAUCUGAGACCAGGCACUGAAUAUGAGAUUAAAUGUGCAGCGGUGGGGAAACUCAACUAUACCACUGAAUCUGAUGUGAUCACAGUUAAAACUGAGGGCAGGAUCCGUCCCUUUAUGGGAUAUUGUGGUUUGAAAAAUCCUGGAUGGGGCAGCUGUUUCAAUGCACUUCUGCAAACUCUCUACAUGACUAAAGAAUACAGAGAUCAUGUUAUGAGACUGAACACAGGCGAUGGGUCUACUGAGGAUAAGUUCAUUAAAGAGUUAAAGGUGUUGUUCGAAACGUUGGACACCGAGCAGGGGGCGGUCUCAACACAAUCAACUCAAGAAACAGCUGACGAGAUCUUUAUGUUACAUUACAGAACAGAAUUAAAAGUCAUUUUUCGGAUGAUAAAUGAAAUUCAAUACUUAGCGCAAGGCUUGUGGGAGGUACUUAUGGCGACUCGCUCAUCUGAGAUUUUUACGUUUGCUGACCAGUUUUAUGAAAAAUGUCAUUUAUGCUGGACUGUUUCAAUAAUUGGAAUCAUCUCAGUCACUUUUCAAGAAUUUCAAGAUGUGGAAGAUGCUCUACAGAUCAGAGAAGGAAUCAUGCAGCAGUUCUGUCAUCACUGCAAAGAACCUCUGAGAACGAAACACGAGAUCCACUCACAAAAAAUACUGAUUGUACGUUUGAGGAGAUAUAUAAGAGAAAGUGUGGAUUCCUACAAGAAAAAUGAACUGGAAGUGACCAUUCGUCCUCAUUUGAAGAUUUCCUCUCAUGACUUUGAGCUUUGUGCCAUAAUAAACUACUACGGCUCAGAUCAAAGUGGACACUUUAAUGCAGACAUCAAAUGUGAAAAUCAACAAUGGUAUCGAUUUGAUGAAACCCACAUGUGUGAGAGUUUUUUGAACAAUCUUUCACAAAAAGACGAGAACUUUGUGUACAGGUCUUCAAGUGCUUAUAUGCUCUUCUACAGACCCAAUAAACACAAUUCAUGAUUGCAGUCGUGUGAAUCAAUAAUGGAAGAAGAUGAAGGUCUGGACUGCAUGGACAUCAGAUAAAAAUCUAGAAGAGUUUCUUUGACAUUUUUAAACCUUUUACAGAUUUAUGAUUUACAUUGUAUGCCUUUUAAAUAUUAUUUAGUUUUACAU